AUGAGGAAGCUAAGCGCAAACCUAGACCGAGAAGAUGGUCUGGACACCGUCCUCGAAGUCCCAAUCCCUGAAGAGAUGUUCUCGUCCGGAGGCAACUCUAGAAGCCACAAAUCUCUGUACACCAACAUGAAGGCGUGGAUGCGAUCCCAUGUAGACCGUCCUGCACCCUCUUCUCUCGGCCGAGAAGCCGAGCUCCUCCAGCUCAUGCUCGGCGUUAUCGGUGCGCCCCUCGUCCCGCUCCCCGUCCAAGCCCAAAAAUCCAUCAUCAGCCACCACAUCAAAGCGGAGGACCCUAUUGAGGCAUCGAUGGCGAAAUACAUAAUACAGCAAUACAUCGCAGCGUCAGGCGGGGAGCAGGCUUUAAACUCGGUGAAUAGUAUGUAUGCCAUUGGGAAAGUUAGGAUGACAGCCUCAGAAGUACUCCUCACGGCGAACGGCAAUGACACCGGCCCUACCAAUAAGAAGGUGACCAAAGGUGGACGUGGAGGGGAGAUGGGAGGGUUCGUGCUCUGGCAGAAGAAGCCGGACCUGUGGUGCCUCGAGCUGGUGGUGGCUGGGCGCAAGAUCAGCGCCGGCAGCGACGGCAAGGUGGCGUGGAGGCAAACACCAUGGCACCAGUCCCAUGCCUCUAGGGGACCUCCACGACCCCUUCGCCGAGCUCUUCAGGGUCUCGAUCCAAGGUCCACGGCCAGCUUAUUCUCCGACGCUGUCUGCCUCGGGGAGAAGGCGGUGAACGGCGAGGAUUGCUUCGUCUUAAGGCUGGACGCCCAAGCGGCGGCCCUGCGAGCCCGAAGCAGCGGCGGCGUGGAGAUCAUCAGGCACUCGGUGUGGGGCUACUUCAGCCAGCGGACCGGCCUGCUCGUCCAAUUAGAAGACUCCCUUCUCCUCCGGAUCAAAUCCGCGAGCGAGGAGAGCGCCUACUGGGAGACCACCAUGGAGUCAUUCGUCGAAGACUACCGGCCCAUUGAUGGCAUCUAUAUCGCGCACGCCGGGCGCACCGCUGCAUCUCUGUUCCGGUUCGGCGGCUCCGACGAUGAUGGGCACACAAGGACGCGCAUGGAAGAGGCGUGGGCCGUCGAAGAGGUAGACUUUAAUAUACGGGGCUUGUCCGUGGACUGCUUCUUGCCUCCGGGGGACCUGGAAGAGGAGAAGCCAGGCUGCGAUGCAAUGGUGAACAGCGCGCGUCCACCUACCAGAGCUCAGGCCCUCCCAAGGAUUGGCCAUUCCAAGGUUGCUGCACUCGACGUAGAGGAUUCGGAUCCAACGCACGAGGAAGAUGGCAGAAGGAGAUCUUGACUACAGAGCUCAUGGACUGCUGCAAAUCCUGGCCGAUCUUUUAGGGGUGUCCUAUUUUGAGGUACAAUGGCUGCUGCAAACCCAAGACGACACCCUUUCAAAUAAGCUGUUGACGCCUUGUUCUUCUCCAUUUACCUGUUCUUCUUCAAAUAGUUGUUGCAGGCUACCGAGGCAAUGGCUAUUCUCACGGUACGAUCCUCCGACGAGUUUGCACGCGAGAGAAAUACGGAAGCUACUGAUCCAACGGAACAUAAAGCUAGAGGGUGAGACCUGGACCUGCAGAGACAAAAAAAUGCCUCACCAAGUACUUGGCAGCAUCAUGGCUAUUCACAAGGGAAGUGCUUGCAUUGAGCUAGAAUUGGGACGCAAAAGUGAGCUUGCCUUAUGAUACUCUUACUCUUAGGUAUUAAUGUUAGCGAGGUUGAGGGUUUCGCGGACUCAGGUGCAAUGAGGAGUAUUAGAGAUUUUGUAUGUGGUAUUAUGCGUAUGGUGUAACAAUGGUGUGGGUGCAUGUAAGACUCAGGUGCAGGGUUUUUGAGUGCAAAGAAAAAUAAGUUGUCGACCUGAAUGCACACCUGGAUUCCAGAAAACAAAUGUCAAGAUGAAUAAAGAGCGGCGGGCAGAUUGAAAUAUCAUAUGAUUCACUGAAUCUAAUCCAACCACAAGCUAGUAUAAAUAAACUAUUUAUUAAAACUACUGAUAUAUUACUAAGACUACUUAAGAGUAAUCGAAGCUUAUAUUAAGCUUAAGUAAACUAAAGAUUUUAGUUACUGCGUGCGUAACUAUUCAGUUACUUGAGAUUGAAGUGAAAAUAGAUUAAAGGAUUUAGUAACUACUUGAGAGGCUACUAAUGUCAGGCUUUAAGGGACUCCAGUAGCAUAAGUAAACUACAUCAUAGAUAACUACAUUGCAAUUGUUCAACCAUUCCCGGUCAAUCCAAUCCAUCUCAUAACCUUUUAGAGACAAUCCAAUCCAUUUCAUAUAGUAUCCCAUCCACCAACAGCAAAUUGAUGCUGAAAUAAAUCAGACUAGCUGGAGCUUAAAUACACAGACAAUAAAUCCGCACUAUAACUUGAGUCAAAAACAAACUAUUUAAUCCACACUGUACAUUUGAUCUUUGAAAUCCAAUGCAUUUGAAAUCGAAAAAUCAAAUUGGUUUAAACAUGGUACAUGAACAAGAUACAAGAUCAGUGAUUUUUUUGUGAUUUUAAGUCUUAGCAAAAUUCAUUAGUUCAGUGUUUCCAACCAUACAUCCUGUUUUUCUUAGUCUAACCAUAAAUGAAUUUAUUCAUGUCCUACUCAUAGAAUUAGCAAUUGUACAUCAAAACUUACAUUUACUAUCAUAGCACGUACGCUAACACCAGAAACAUAAUUAUUUCCCUGCUAAAUUUCAGAACUAGCACAAAAGCCAAUCACCAACGCCCUUUAACUAAAUUACAGUCAUAAGCCCAAUAAAUAUCACUCCAAAAUGUUUAUCUCUACUUUAGUCUACCACAUAAAGAAUUAUAGAUUUAUGCACUUGGUCCUGAUCUAGUUAGAUUUGGUGGCUUGUGAAGUAUCCCUUAGGGAGGCACAAGCAAUAUGCUUCUAAGGCCAAAAUAGUUUCUUAGGACCUAAAAGUAAAGAUAGUUUUACAUAUAUGAAUGCAUUCUAAUUCUGGAUUGCAUAAAUGGG